CGCUCGCCUCGCCGCUCGCCGCCACACGCAACGCAUCGGGCCCUCGACGGUGAAGCGAAUCGACGGCCGUCGAGAACAUGGACCGCCUCCACCUUCAUUCGCACGACGGAUUCAGUCUGCGGGGAUCGCGGUUGUGUUGCGACUCGGCUCUUUGUGAAGUGUGUGCAUAGCUGUUAACACGUUAGCAGUGUCCCCGACCUUAUCACAGAACAAUUCAGACCUCGUCCGCCGUCACCCCGUGCCGCUGAUCAAUAUCAAGCUUCAUCCCACAAAGUCCCAUCACAAGCGAGAAACACAAACACGUCGACGAAAUCUAGAUUUGACGAAACGUGUUUUUGUCGUGCCCUAUUGAAACGGCUGUACGCGGUGUGGACCUGCAAGCCCAAGUUCCCCUGUACAAGAAUGCGGGGUUGACCCUCACCAUGGGUAUCUUGAACUCGAUUCUACCAGGAAACACGAAGGCUGACCAAGACCUCAUUGCUGUGUCAGACAAUCACUCGUGUGCUGACCGUGUCCGUGACCCUGACUGUAAUCCUGGUCAGUGCCGAGACAGUUCAAUCACCAGUCACUCGCCGACAGAAACCCUUGUCCCUCCCGCAGCUAUUAUUUCCUCGCUGGAUAUCAAGACAGACUUUGUGAACCGAAGUGGUCAUUUAGGCGACACCAUCUCUACCCACUGUAAAGGCACAGCGGAUACAUCUACCACAAGGGGAGAUGCCCCAGAAAAAUCCACACCACCCAACCAACCUUCGCCUUUAACAAAAUGCAGGCCAAUAUCACCAACAAGCGGCAUUCAGUCUGCGGUGGCCACUCAACUGCCAGGUGGGACAGAACCAAGUGACGUCGGUGGGUUGGCAGAGGCACAGCAGUAUGUCACAUCUCACUUGGAACAAGUGGUCAGGCUUGAUAAAAAUAAACAAGAAAGCCCUCUUGUUCAAGAGUCUACAUGUGACCCUGCCAAAGCUGCAAUUCCAAAGUCCACGAAUCGGCUACCUUCAGCCACAGUUAACAGGCAUCGGCACAGAAAUAUAAGCCAACCGUUAGUAAAAAAGCCUGGCAAACAAAACAGGAGGAAUAAACCGCAUCAGGUGAGUGUGCAUAAACGGGCAGCCAAACUCUUGCCACCAAAGCCUAUUGCUGAGGCACAUUCUGCAGUAGAUUCGAUGGCGAUAUGUUACAAAAAGCUCGACAGUUCUGCCAGCAAGAAUUCUGCGGUCAGAGUCUAUACUGUUUCACCAAAAAAUCCAGCCAACAGUCAAAUCCCAAUUCCCCUUAAAAAGGUAUCUAUGACUGACGCAGCGGAGGUCACGACACUGAAAACUGUAGCUAAGCAAGUGUUGCAAAAUAAUAGACGUGCUUAUAGCCAAAGUGCAAAACAGGUGGAACAACAAAGUAGGGAAAAGACUGAUCAUGGCCUGAGCGUGGCCACACCUCAAACUGUGGAUCAACCUGCUCUGCAAACAUCGUCGGUCGACAAAGCUGAUGCGCCAUCCCAACCACAGCAUUCAUGCCAGUACUCGAGACCCAACAGUUACAUCCAGGCUAUUGAAACACCUCCCCAUAUUAUUUCAGUCAAAAGUCCAAGAGUACCUUGCGCUGACGGUACACCGGGUAACGGUAAAGCAACCGCGGUGCUGGUUAGUUCAUCACAGGGUUUGGAGGAGCAGAGUAAAGAGAGGGGAAUGACUACAAUGGAGACUGCCGUCACCAUAGAGGGUGGAAUGGAGAAAAAAGAGGAGGAAUCUGUAACCAAAGUUCCACCCUGCAUGGCGGCUGUUCAACCACAGGACGAGGAUAUUUGUAGUACUCGCCCUCAUGAUGCAAAGGCCAAGACAACACACGGCAGUCACGGUGCCGAUACAAGGAGCAGCAGCAGCACUCGUGUUACCAUCGGUGCAAAUGCAAUCACGAUCGUGAAGAAGAGCACCCACACAACACAAGUUUGUGGUGGCAACCCCACCGGAAAAACACAAAUUGCUGCUGCCACCUUCAGCACCAUGAUGCCGGUCGACAACAGUGCCAGCAAGGGAGACUUCAUUAUGGGUGCGAAGACAAAUGUCACCACCAACAUCACCAUGAGCACUGCAGUGAAUAAGACUAUGAGCAGUGUAAGUCCUGCCUCCCCACACUAUACGGUCACCUCCAGCAACGCUACCCACGAAGCGGUGGCCACCUCUAGCACCGCAGCCAAGAGCAAAGCUAGCAGCGCGCACCCUCGAUACGGUGCCACGAGUGCGGGCGAGGUAAUUAAAGCGAAGGGAGAGGAGGACAUGGCCCCUGUGCGCAGAGGUACUGGACGCUUCCCGCCCUUUGUGGUGGAAGGAGAGUGCAAGCACCGUACGGCGAACAAGGCCAGCAAGCAUCUCGAACGAUCGCCACAAGGGCGACGAUGAGACCGCCAAAAGGGAGCUCCAGGAGGAAUGGACCUCUGGAGAUGUGCGUGCUCACCAUUCUUGCCUUUCUCCUCGCUUGGACGUCCUACUCAACGCCUCGCUCAUUCUCGGCUGAAGACAGCCUGCGAUGCUAUUUUUUAUUGCAUCUACGAUGUGUCUUGUUUUCAUAGGCAUACACAAUUCUUAAAAUAUCCUACAGGUCUCAAGUUAUUGCAUGCAAUUGUUAUAAAAUAAUAUAUAGCCAAGAGAGACAAGGAAACACCCUUGUAUGGUAACGCAAAUCAAAUCCUUUAUUUAUAAUGUCACAUUUAUUUUCCAAGAACGUGAAGUACCCAAGAGGAAUUAUCUUUUAAAUAAAUACAAAUAUAUCGGUUUAUAGCCAGGGAUAAGGAAAAGGUGCUUCUGUAUAACUGGUGUAAUGAGAAAGGGCCACAUGUAGAAGUAGUAGAUUACUUUAUUUAGGUAGCGAUUAUACAUAAUGCAGUGUGCCUUCAAAAUAACGGGCUAACUCUGGGGUGGAGUGCCCUGGUAAUUUUUUUUUCUCAACCAAUCCGUUAUUUACAUGAAGAUAAGAUUUAGGCCAUUUACACCCUAUAAUUGUUAUAGAUUGUUUUAUAUUACAAAACAUCAAAUAUACGACAAAAUCAAUUUUAAAAACACCAUUGCCCCAUAGAAAAUCACAUGCGAGCUAUCCAGUGAACAAUUAUCUUACAUUUUUGAGCUUCAGGAGUGUAAAAAAAAAUCAGAUGUAGAGUAUUAUCAGGGUACCGUUUGUUAUUUUCUAAACGUAGGUGUUUUUGGGAUCUGAGUGUUGUCUGUUAUUGUACAUGGAAGAUAGCUGAAGUCAAGCUACUAUAGAAGGGCCUUCUUGUCUUUGACCACUUAUAUGUUAAUGCCAACAGAUCGUCUUUAGUUUUUUAAAUUUGAUAAGCAUUGCAUAACUCUUGAAUCACUGAUACAGAAUUAUUUUUUAUAUGGUCCACAAGAGGUAGAGUUAUUCUCUUGAUGGUCACCAACAAAUUAAUUAGCAUUCUACAAAUGACGACCUACCUAACUAUUAUCUUUACUUUGCACAUAUCAAAAUUCCACAAUAUUUCACUGGAUAUAUUUCUCAAGUAUAUAUAUGCGCAUAGGUUGAAUUAGCCAUACGUUACAUGGCAAAGGGCUCGCUGCCGUCUGAUUGUUUAGCCGAAUUGUUGAUAUUUUUGAUAGGCGCUGCAAGCGUGUAACUACAGCUGUUAACCAUUAAAGGCACUGUCAAGUUAUUUUAACUACACUUAACGUCUCCUCCCCCGUUGGUUUUGAUAAGAGAGCAUGACUCAGUAUGCUAAUGUGAAUAGAACAGACCUUGUGAAAUGACGUGUGGGGCAAAAUUCUAUCCAGGUUUGUUGGUAUGGAUGUGACAAUAUAUGGAAAAGCCUAAAUAUAAGUUCAUAAGAAUGUGUAUUUUAUGGCAAUAAAGCAAAGUGACAACUGUU